CCCCAACACAACUGUUGCAAAGGUUAUCUGAUAAAAUUUGAUUGUGGGUAGUAACCUUCCGUCAUUUUCAUUUCAAAGUAGUCUAACUUUUCUUUGAUAAAUCGUUUUAAAAAUUUAACGCUAGAGUCAUUUCAUACUUCUCAAUUAACAGACAAGAUAUUAUAAUAUGGUUUACGUUGGUAGAGAUGGCACAGUUCAUCAAGAACAACCUUGGGGUAUGGAUAAAAUUCUGGGAAUAUUUUCUGGCAUAAUAAAUAUGGUAUUAGCCUUUUUUCAGACGAUGUUGCCUAUUGACAAUUCAAGCACAACAAAUAACUUCAGAGGCAGUUCUGGGCGCCGUGGUGGUGGUGGUGGUGGAGGAGGAGGAGGAGGAGGAGGGUGGUAUCCCAGACCUCCCGGUGGUCCUCCUCGUCCUGGCAGCAAUAUUCAUGGAUUGGGGUCAACUCCACCUGAUCCUCCUCCAGCAUGUGGUAGUUGCUGUGGAAGGUAACACAACAUCAUGAAUGAAGAAAGAUCAACAAUUAAAUAACUCCUUACAAAAAAUGUGUCUAAAUUUGUGUGCGUAUUAUAUUACUAAUAGAUUUAAGUUUAUAUUUAUUAUUUAUCUUACAUUUAUAUUAUAAUAAUUAUUACAAAUAUAUAUAUGUAUAUUUUUGUUUUAUAUCAGUCUCAAUGAUGUGUAAAUCUUUUCUUUUUGUAAGUUGUUAAAAUGAAUAUGUUAUUUUUAUAUAUAUUUAAGUUUCAGUGAAAUUGAAUAAAGCAUUACAAUAUUUUGUUUUUUUUGCAUUAAAAUAUAUAAUACAUUUAAGUUUGUAUUUUUCUAUAAAUUACUUCUCAUGUUUAUGAAAAGUUUGAUCUUACUGAUCAACAAGAUGAAGUGAAAUAAAGUAAAAAAUCUGACAAGAAAAUCAUUAUAGUAUUCUUGUAUCAUUUAUUAUUAUUUUUAUUAAUUGAACAAGAAAAACAAAAACUACUUUAAUUGUGGUUAAAACAAGUAGCCCAAUAGAAAAAUCUAAUUUGUGCGAAAAGAAGAAUUAAAACAAAUAAAACUAAAUUUGAACUCAUUCACACAACUUAUAUAUAAAAAAAGUGUAGAAAUAUUUAAAAUUCAAAGUGUUAAAUAUUAAUUCAAUUCAGCUACCAAAAUGAAUAUGUAUUUUAGAUGUCAAUGUACUCAAACAGCUCCUAUUCUUGCCGAUAAUUUCCACAAUGUUUCAAGAUUUGUACUUUUGUUUUCGUUUUUUAUCAAGAAUUUGGCCAAAAUCUACUACAGAACCAUUUCUUUUUAGAGUUAUUCAAUAAUUUUCUUUAAAUUUUUUUGUACCACAAGAUUAAUGAACAGCUGAGUAAUAUUUGUAAUUGGGCACCAAGAUACUCCUUUUCCCUCCCAAAGACAAUAUUUCCUAGGUGUGUUCCUCUAUCAAAUCAUCAAUAAUCAUCGUCCUUCUUAUGCCUACUACCUUCUUCAAUUCAAAUCCUCAGUCCAUUCCUUUUCCAUAUUGUCUCAAUCUUCUAACCUUUACUUGCCUUCUCACAGAUCUGCCUCAUUCCAAAACUCGUUUAUUGCUCGCUCUGUCAAUUUCUGGAAUUCCCUCCCUAUCAAAAUUCACCAUUUCCUCCUCCAUACCCACAUUCAAAACCUUCCUAUUCCAAUUCCUAUCCCCAAAACAGUCUGAUAGUUGCUAACCAUUCGACAAUAUACAUUUAUGACAUGCCAUACAUUAUCAAAUAUUAAUGCUGUUCAUUGUUAGGGAUAGUAAUUUUUCUCUAGGGUUAAGAUUUUCCUACUCUUUAUGUCACUGAACACAUCUAUUGUUUGUUUAUAAUUCUUACCUUCUAUACACCAUUAAAUUCUUGCCUAUCGUUAAGUUAAGAAAUGAUGAUCAUGUAGUUAUAUAUUAUUCAACAUUUAAAUGAUAAUGUAUUUAUAUAUUACUGAGGUACUUCAUAUUGUCAGGUUCAGCUUUCUCUUUUUUCAACAGAAACACAAAGCUUAUUUUAAGGACGAAUUUGAUAUAUUUCUAUUUUUUCUUUCUUGCUUUCUUAAAAAUGUACAUUCAUACUGUUUAUCACUGCAAAUAGAUUUAAGUGUCUUGUCAUAGUUUUAAGUGUUUUGUAUCUAGUUUUAUUUGUUUUGUUUAAAGCAUGUCUACCUUAUAUUUUCUUUACAUGUUUUCUACUAUUUUUAUUUAGGCCAGAGGUAAUCUUUUAAUUUUGUUAUUUAAUUAGCUUUGUCCCAGAGUAAAUUUAUUUUUCUAUCUCUAUUUCUAUUUACCAUUGUGCCCAUUUUUGAAAUCCUUAAUA